AUGCUUUGGGGCCGAUGUGCGGGCGCAUCUCUCGUUCAUUUGGCCGCCCUCGCCCUGCUUGCGGCUGGGGAAGCGGCACUGGAGCACUCACAGCCACUAUGCCUGGCAAGGGGCUGGCGGGAUACUGAGGCCGAGUUUAUUCGGUGGCCUGUCUGCAUCGAGACCCGCUGGAGUAGGUCAGGCAUUACCGUCACUGGGGGACCUUCUGCUAUGGUGUCUACUACUUCAGACAAUUCGUCGCCGACCAGCACCGCCAGCGCUGCAGCUGAACAACAACAGCCUGGUCAGGAGCAGGAGCUGGAUACGGAUUCGCCCUCGACAACGCCAAGGAUCAGCAACGCGCUGGAUUCACUGGGAGAAGACGCGGAGAUUGAGCUUGAUUUUGGUGGGUUCGGCGCUGACGCGCCAGAGGCCGCGCGACCGCCGUCGUUUGGCUCGGGGACGCACGCGGGAGAGAGCGCAGGGUCGGUGGAUAGCGGACCUAGUGGAGAUGGGAGUGCUCCGUCUCCUGGGGUUAUACGGUCAGGCAGCUUGCGCAGGAAAGACGCUGGGACUACGUGCAAGGAGCGCUUCAACUACGCCUCCUUUGACUGCGCUGCUACAGUGCUCAAGACCAACCCCGAGUGUCAGGGAUCGUCUUCCGUACUGAUCGAAAAUAAAGACAGCUACAUGCUUAAUGAGUGCCGGGCUAAAAAUAAGUUUCUGAUACUCGAGCUGUGUGACGAUAUCUUGGUGGACACUGUGGUUCUUGCGAACUACGAGUUCUUCAUGGAGAGAAUUGGGGUCUUUGAAGCCAGGAAUACUCGUGAAGUCCAAGCGUUCGCGGUGGAGAACCCGUUAAUCUGGGCUCGGUAUCUGAAGAUUGAAUUUCUGACACACUACGGAAACGAGUUCUACUGCCCUCUGAGUCUCAUUCGCGUCCAUGGAACCACUAUGCUGGAGGAAUACAAGCAUGAUGGCGAGGCUAGUCGAGUUGACGAUGAGAUCAUUGAUGAGGCUUCGGAGCCGGGCCAUGCUGUCGCUGACCCGGAGAUUGCAAAGCCAUCCGGAAAUCCGCCUGACGUUGGUGCGCAAACUCGUGAAGGCAUGGGCAAAAAUGUGCAGGCUGAACUCCAAGAUACUUGCCCGAACCCAGCACAAGGGCUGGAGAGGCUUCUGGCGAAUUAUGCAGAUUCCGAGACAUGCAGUGCGCAGGCUACACCGGCGAUACCUGCUGGCCAGGAAAGAGCUGACACAGCUGCUCAACAUGACUCGCCUGCGAGGGACACCACGCCACCGGCACCCGAAGACUCAGUGCCUAUUGUGCCCGGUGCAGGUAAUGGUACCAAAGACGCACCCGAUGCUCGACGAGCUGCUGGACAGUCCGGAGCUGACGGCAUCCCUCCUCCCGCUUCCACGGCAACCAUGUCUGAGCCUGUGCAGCACGAUACCACGUCGGAAGCAGACCAGAAAUCUACAGCCUCGUCCCAGGAAGAACAAGUUCCUCCAGUCGACUCAACCAAAUUUUCUGCAACUCAACCACCAUCACCUAAUCCGACUACGCAAGAGUCGUUCUUCAAAUCUGUCAACAAGCGGCUGCAAAUGCUGGAGUCGAACUCGACUUUGUCGCUUCUGUACAUUGAGGAGCAGUCGCGUAUUCUGCGUGAUGCGUUUAGCAAAGUCGAGAAGCGCCAGCUGUCGAAAACCUCAACCUUUCUGGAAAAUCUGAACGUGACUGUUUUGAACGAACUGAGACAGUUCCGCGAACAGUAUGAUCAGGUUUGGAAGACGGUUGCGUUGGAGUUUGAAACCCAGCGCAUCCAAUAUCACCAGGAGAUAUACUCCUUGAGUGCGCAGCUGGGUGUCCUGGCAGAUGAACUUGUCUUUCAGAAGCGGGUCGCUGUGAUUCAAAGCAUCAUGGUCCUCUUCUGCUUUGGCUUGGUCUUGUUUUCUCGGGGUGCAGUGAGCAGCUAUAUGGAGUUCCCCAGCGUGCAAAACAUGGUGUCUCGAUCGUACAGUUUACGAUCGUCAUCUCCACCAUUUAGCUCGCCCUCCAUGAGUCCGAGUUCUACCAGGCCGACGUCCUCAUAUCGAGGUGGCCACAGAAGGAACAUUACAGACGACACGCAUGACAGUGCGCCGAGCCCCACCAUUGCAUACUCGCCGCCAACACCAACCUCAGAGACAUCAGUACCAUUGGAGUCGAUAGAGAAACGAGAAUCAUCGCCAUCCCCUGGCGAUCUUGAAUUGCCAGACAUUGAACCUCCUCAGUUCCGGUCGCAGAGCAGCCCUCCCGUCUUGAAGAGCGGCGAAGACAGCGACGACGGGGAUUCAGAUGCAUCUGGAUCCACGGAGGCGUGA